GCGACGCGUUCUGCCGGGCAAGGACACCUAGUGCUGGAAUGACAUUUGUGUAAGUGGGCUCACGUUAAAUGCUCAACUGUUAGCUUGUUUCUCACCUUAAACUGCCCAGAAAUACAGUACUACCCCUCUCCGGGAGAACUAUUGCAUCUAGACGGACUCCGGCGGGCUUUUGGAUCGAUAAGGUUUGCAGAGGGGAAGGCACUUUGUGUCUGCGGUAUCCUCAGUGCGGUGAGGGAUGGUCAGCUGGUAACUGGGGUUGCCUGUGGUGAAUGGCUGUGAGCAGGGGGGGCGUCGCCUUCUGGGUGGGUUGUAUCCGCAGCCAUGGCCGAAGGCAAGCCAUCGGAAAACAGAUCUGGAGUCUCAGUCAGACAGCCGAAUGGCAGUGGACCCGUCAGACCUGUCCCCUGAGCAGUGCAUCAUGGGCCCUUGUGCCCCCCAACAGCCUGAGAUACCAGAGCAUGAAGCAGUCGGUUCUGUCCCAUCCGUUCCACCAUGCCAGCCAGCCUCAGACAGGAGGUCACUACGAGGAAGACUGUGAGUCGCUCAGCCUGUGUGUGCUGGUGCGACAGGGCGAGUUCCACGGCCUGCACACGCUGCUGGAGGUCCCUCUGCUGGGUCCCCAUAAACCUGGGCCUCCCCCGGCCUCAGAGUUCUCCUUCCUGUUGACCACGGUGGAUGGCAGCAGACAAGAUGACAUCACUAUUGACAGCUUCAAGAGAGAACAUGGCUGUUUCAGAAGCCUGUUUGAAGCGGAGAGGUGUCCGGCACCGUUUAUGUAUGGCUCCCAGUUUUAUUGUUUCCAUUGCCCGGCCCCACAGCCGGUACCUGGCAGCGGGCUGCAAUCCCUCCACAAUAUUGAACUUUACAAGACGCCUGUGGAGCUGCCUCGGGUGCCGUCCACCUCUCUGUGUAGCCAUGCAGAAAGGGCUGUGGGGGGCCAUUCUCUGGGAGAUAGUGAGGAAGAGCAGAAACUGGCCAUGAUGUAUGAAAGACUCAGGAUGGAGCUUCCAAAUGUCUUAAUGAAGAACCAUGACUACACCAUGUACUCCAACGAUGUGGAAUUCAUCAACGGGCUCAUCAAUACUAAGACCAGAGGCCGGGCGGUGUACCAGCUCACCUUGUCCCUGUGGCGCCUCCUGUGCCUCUGUUACUACGCCAAGGCUCAACUGGAGGUACUGAAGCUCACAAAGCACAUGGAAGACGGGACCAUUAAGGCUCGCUGGAGGAUCAGGGGCCUUCCCUUCGCCUCUCUGCUGCUACGCUUCUAUCGCAAAGACAAGUCCCUGCUGUACAGGUCAUAUGAUGCAUUCUCUACUUUUUACAUUGGACAGGAUGGACUCAUUCACUGUCAUAAAGUGGAAAAGGUGAUGCCGAAUCAACCCCCCGUCCUUCCCAGAGUGACCUCUCUCCUGGCGGGGGCUUUGGUGGCACUUGGGGUGCAGGAGCCUCGCCCUGCUCUCAACCUGCUGCCCCUCCUCCUGUCCACACUGAGACAGAGCAGAAACUGACCCCGUCUCACCUGUAGAGGGCCGAUGGCCAGUGUGUCCGGGAUCCAUGUGACCCAACAUUCACAAUUAAGGAACAAAUUAAAAUGCAGGGUUAAGCCCUCUGCUUGAAUCUGUGCUGCCCCUGAAUUAUAUACCUUUUUUUCCUCAUUUUAAUUUAAAAAUAAACGUGGUCAACAUCAAGAUAGCUCUGGGUUUUCAGAUCCAGGAGCUACAUGUGAUUUAUGACGACAGGCUUGAUGGGCGAGUGUAUAGAAACUGACCCACGCAUGCAAACAGCAAAGACUGCGGACGUGAUGGUGGUGAAUCGAAGCUGGAUUACAGAAAUGUAAUGUAAUGUUUAGAUACAUUUAGAUUUACAUCAUAUCGCACGUAACUUUGCACUUAUAUAUUGUCAUUAUCGUCAGAAAUAUUGUAAAAAAUAUAAACACACUCAAAAGUCAAAUCCUAUUUGUCUGCACCCUGAGGAGACUGAACUAGUGACUCUUGUGUAAAAGAUCAUCAACUAGCAUGAAAGAACAGGAAGUCAUUAGUUUUCAAUCAUCUAAAACUGUGAUUUUACUUUUCAUUCGAUGUUUGUGAGUGAAUUCAAUGCGUUGAACACAAAUGAAUUGACUCAUUUAUAGUGUAUCUAUCAGAGCCCACUAGUGCAUCGGAGUAACCAUGGCAACUCACACACCUCUGCUCACCUCUUUAUCACCUGCAAAGUAGAAUUAUGUAAAUUAGCAUCGCUGCAGAAAUAUUCCCACUCCAACACUCCAUAUCCUCAUUUUCAGUCCCAAUCAUAAUGUAAUAAAAACAUUUAAUUGUGAUCGAACUUCCAUCAGGACCAUCAGGAAUGAGUGAGUGAAUCUGGGUACAGACUGAAAGCCACACCCACUGAAGGCCGGGUGAAGCUUGCUUCUAGUUAGCAUUCUGGUUUAGCUGGCUAAGACACAUUCAAUCUAACAAUGACACUAUUUGCAUCCACACAGAAUAACAAAAUGCUUUUGUUUUGCUACACGCCCAAAGCGUGUCCAAAACAUUGCACAGUGGAGGUGCGGAUUGAAACCCAACUACCAGGUUUGUUGUGUGUCUGUCGGGACGUGUGAUAAGCUGCACGUUUGUUUGACCCAGAGCAGCGCUCUUCAAUAAGUACUCAACCCUCACCUGCAUUCAACCAAAGCCCGUUUCAACGUGGUCAGUACUACUAAAAAAGGAAACCGUAGCGCUUCCUCUUCCAAAACAUUUUCUUGUUGCCAAUAGAUGUUGUUCAUGAAUUAAUAAUCUGCUUCUGUAUAUAGAUAUUAAUCCUUCAUUUUCAGAAGUCUAAUUAGCCUAUAACAAAAUGUCUGCCUUGAUCUCACAGCUACGUUGACUAGCAUUAAUAAAGCUGUAUUUGCUCUGUCA